AGAAGAGACUUUAGAUAUAGUAUUUUAUGUCACCUAAAAACACUAGUAAAUCUUAAAGUGUUUUCGCUUUCGAUAAAUUGAAUUCAUGAAUAUUCUUGAAUGAAAAACGUACAAAAGAACGAAGAGUUGUAGGAACGAUGACGUUCAUGGUGUUGCGCAAAGGUUGGAUCCUGUUUGUUUCCAGGAACUGGAUGUCUGCAAUCAACCCCCAACACUGUCGACGAAGAAGUCUAAAGAGUAUAUAAGCUGGAGACAGCCAAUCGUCGAGCAUAGAAAGUGAAACAGUGUUCUCUCUGCCCACUCUUUGGGAGCUCGACCGAAAAUCCUCCAAAGUCGUGGACAAACAAUACCCAGUCCACUCUCUCACCACAUUACAUUAUAUAUAUAAACGAAGACCUAGUGAACGAAUCAGUUUUUAAGUGCACUCUCGACAGCAAACACUGGAUUUAAUUUAAGCGACAAGAAGCUACCUAUACACCCUAAAAGGAUGGGAUUGUUGGUGAAAACUGCCUUGAUGGCAGCCCUCUUGGUUGCGAUUUGCAACGCCGAAGGCUCCUGGUCCUGGAACAAGGACAACGAUCAUACCGAGACGACUGUCGAAGAUCAAGAGGCCAAAGCAACCGAUGUUGAUGAAAUCGUCGAUACCAUUUUGACAUCGGGACGGCAAGGAAGGAAUCUCAAAGGAUACGAUGAGAUUUACAGCGAUCCCAGUUUCCAGGAGAUCCUGCAGAAAGGGGAUGACUCUGAUGCCAGGAAUUUGAUCAAGGAUAAAUUGUGCAGCUUGGGUUUGAUGCAGUGCGAUGAUGUCGAAGGCAAACGUCCUACUUAUAUUUCUCCUGAGGAUUUGGUUUACGCUCAACCCGUUGACAUCAAACCGAUCGGUCGUCCAAUUCCUUCUAUUCCAGUGAAAGGACCGCUUCCAUCCAGAGCGUUCUAUGGUCCACCGAAACCGAUGCCUUUCCCACCGAAAGGUCCUCAUCACGGACCACCACGUCGUUACGGACCUCCACCACCGAACAAACCCUUCUACGGUCCACCCCAUAUUUCGAAACCUUUAGGUCCGAUCUUCGAUAAACCGCCGGCGCCCGAAUUCGACGUCCCACCGUACGAGUUCCAGCAAAGUAGCGCCAUCUCCAGCGGCGGUUCUUCCUAUUUCCACAACAAACAGGAAAUCAUCAAGCAUCCGGUUCAGACGGAAAAGGAAGGAGUUCAGCAACACGUUCAUCAUCAUUUCCAUCAUAACGCCGACGCCGACGGUUCCAUCAAGCAGCCCACUGUGAUCGUCAACAAUCCCUUCUGCUGGCAGUUACGGCGGACAAUCGAUCGCUAAUUACGGCUCAUCCACCGGUUUAGGAACCUUCGGCUCCGUUAAACCCGUCGUGGAGAACUCGGGACCUCAACAGUUCGGUUCUUCCUUGUUCAGCGGCUCUUCCGGAUCCUCCGGAGCUUCUUCUCCAGUCUACGCCGGAUCCCAACUGGGAUCUUCCGGUCAAUUCGGUUCUACCGGUAGCUCCUCUUUAUACGGUGGAUCUUCAUCGUCUUCGUUAUAUGGAUCGCAAUUCGGAGCAUCGAACUCUGCAGGAUUGAACUCUGGAGCAGGAUCUUUCUCCUCGUACGGAACCGGCAACAACUUCGGAAGCACCGUAGGUUCGUACGGUAACUCCGACUUUUACAAGAAGGAACUCAACGUAAACAGCGGACUUCAAUCCAAUUCGUUGUCGGGAUAUGGAGAGAAAUAUCAAGGUUUGGAAUCCGCCAGGGCGGAAAAUUACGAUUGCGUCUGUGUGCCGUUCAACCAAUGCCCAGCGCAAGACGUCAUCGGACGCAAAGACGACUUGUUCUUGGCCUUAGACCCGAGGAACUUGAAGAGCGACAUCGAAGCCGAAGAAGAGAGAGUUUUGACCGAUGGCAACGGAAACAUGACCGUUGUCUCCGUUUCCAAAUCGACCGGUUUGAAUGUUACCGCCAUCGAGGACAAGAAAGAUGAACCGAAGAAGAUUUCCAAGAGGGAAGCCACGGAUUCCGCCAAGAAGGACGAUACCACUAAGGCCGAAGCUGUAAGUACAAACACCCACACCCAGUACAAUAAUAACAAGAACAUAAAACCGACGUUUGGAGUGUCGUUCGGAUUGCCGAAUCAAGGCGGCCAAUACGCCGGAUAUCCGAUAAACCCGGUCAACCCCGACAAUCCCCUUGUCAAUCCUUACGGCAGCGGCGGAAACGGCAUCAAUUUGGGCUUAGUUUCCGUCAAUCCUCUCGUUUCCGUGCAAUUGACCAAAGACGAUUACGGCGAAAAAGUCGUCAAGCCUUUCGUCAAUCUCCACGUAACACCCAACAAUUUCCUCUUGCACAAAGUUGCCGAUUUCUUCACCUACAAAACCCAUUCGCUGCUGAACAACAACCACCAGCAUUACCAUCAGCACACUUACAAACCUCACUAUCCACAUUACCAUGAACCCAUUCACCAUGGCCCCAUCCAUUCAUCUGGACCUUACUUAGAGAGUCCACCACCACAUUUUGAGAAACCCUAUUUAGAAGAACCUCAUUUCGAAAAACCCUAUUUCGAUAAACCUCAUUUCGAGAAACCGUACUUUGAUAAACCUUACUUAGAGCAACCCUACAUUCAGAAACCCUAUUUCGAUAAACCCUAUUACGAUAAACCGUUAGAUCAGCCGUUCUACGAAGACUACAGCAGCUACGGCGGCGCUGAUUAUUUCGGCCGCUCCUCACCAAACGUAACAUUCGAGAACAACGCUCUGCAAAACUACGCGAACAAUUAUCAAACUUACGACUCUUACGGAUAUCCGACGCAAGGCUACGACGACGGCUUUAGCAAACGCGGUGGAAAAUCUUUGCAUGCUCCGAACACUGUUAAAUUCCCCAAUUCCCGAAGAAAACGUGACCUGACUGACAAAAUAGAGAAGGUAAAAAUGUCUCGAGACUUGACUCGCGAACGCCAAUUCUACGGAAACGGAUUCCCGCAACGUCCUCCGCCCGGCUCCUGCGGUCCAAGACACGUCUGCUGCAAGAAACCAUUGAGGCCUCAGAUUCCGAACAUCCCGAACAAGCAAUGCGGCAUCAGACAUUCUCAAGGAAUUAACGGAAGGAUCAAGAAUCCGGUCUACGUGGACGGUGACAGUGAGUUUGGAGAAUACCCAUGGCAAGUGGCCAUCCUCAAGAAGGAUCCCAAGGAAAGCGUUUACGUCUGCGGCGGUACCUUGAUCGAUCCCUACCACAUCAUCACGGCCGCUCAUUGCAUCAAAACCUACACGCCUUUCGAUCUUCGCGUGAGAUUGGGCGAAUGGGACGUGAACCACGACGUGGAGUUCUUCCCGUACAUCGAAAGGGACAUCACCAACGUCAACAUCCAUCCCGAGUUCUACGCCGGUACUCUGUACAACGAUUUGGCGGUCAUCCGCAUGGAUAAACCUGUCGAUUUCAACAAAUAUCCUCACAUCAGCCCAGCCUGCUUGCCGAGCCCACAGGAAGACUACACCGGAACCCGUUGCUGGACGACCGGAUGGGGCAAAGACGCUUUCGGCGAUUUCGGAAAGUACCAGAACAUUCUCAAAGAAGUCGACGUACCAAUAGUUGGACACGGCGAAUGCGAGCAGAGGAUGAAGCACACCCGACUGGGAUACGACUUCAAGUUGCAUCCAGGUUUCGUGUGCGCCGGCGGCGAAGAAGGCAAAGAUGCCUGCAAAGGUGACGGAGGUGGUCCGAUGGUCUGCGAACGCGGAGGUUCUUGGCAGGUGGUGGGUGUCGUCAGCUGGGGCAUCGGAUGCGGCCAGCAGGGCGUUCCCGGCGUCUACGUCAAGGUCAGCCACUACCUGGACUGGAUCAAGCAGAUCACACAGAGAUUCUAAAUAUCUACAAGCUUUAAUUAAAUUAUUUAUUUAUUUAGAAUUUACGUUUAAGCGAACAAAACAAACAAAAAAAAGAACACUUUCAGACAUGUAACGCCUGAAAGAUACGAGUAAUGCGUGUACGCAUCUAUUCCAAGUACAGAUCUUUUUUAUUUUAAU